AACGAAUUAAAAUGUUUUCUAUCGCGUCUAUUUAGAUGGUGUUUUUGUUUAAAUUUGAUUAAAUUACCAUCACAAACAUUGAGAAAGCAAUAUUACGCUGAGUCGGUGUAAAAAAUGGCUCCAAAGGCCCAAAAUAUACCCCUACAAUCCACAUUGGGGAUGAAAUAUCCAACUUACAGAGAUUUACGUUUAAAAAACACAGAUAUUUGGCUCGAGGGUAAACGUAUUGAUGAUGGGGCCGAGGGUUUGUGGAGAAUCCAUGACGAUUUAUAUGAUUUAAACGAUUUUAUAGACAAACACCCUGGUGGGGCGUUUUGGUUGAAAAUGACCAAAGGAACUGAUAUUACAGAAGCUUUCGAAGUUCAUCAUAUUUCGGAUUCUCCGGAAAAGCUUCUUCCUAAAUACUGGAAAAGGAAGGCUAAAACUUCACGAAAUUCGCCAUUUAGUUUUAAGGACGAUGGUUUUUAUAGAACACUUAAAAGAAAAGUUCGCCCCCUUCUCAAAGACCUUCCAAAAAGAGAUAGUCGUUGGUCAAACUUUUAUUCGGAUAUAAUGGCAUUUGGUUUGUUUCUUUUUGGAGUUUUGGCCACCCGUUAUAUUGAUUUCUAUUUUGCGACUAUUUGCGGUAUUUUAAUGGCUUUGGUAACUAUAGCAGGCCAUAAUUAUAUGCAUCGAAAAGACAACUGGAGGAUGUAUUAUCCCGAUUUGUCUUUGCUGCAGUCACGCGAAUUUCGGAUGUUUCACAUUUUUAGUCAUCACUUGUAUACUAACACAAUUGCGGACUUGGAAAUUUCACUUCACGAACCUAUAAUGGAAUUUUUGCCCAAAAGAAAGUCGUUUGUACACAGGUAUCUGUCAAUAAUAUAUGCGCCAUUUUACUGGCUUACCUUAAAUCACAUAGGAGUCAUAAAAAGGAUACUCAUUUUUCUUGUUUUGAAACGAACUUCUCAUUUUGGUUUUCACGAUUUGGUUUCUUUUUUUCCUCUGUUGGUUAUGUACGUGUUGGGUGAGCAGCCAUUUUGGAUUGCAUUUAAAAUGUGGUUUACCGCCACUUUAGUUGCCAGUUUAUAUUUCAAUUUAAUCGGUUUUACAGCAGCUCAUCAUCAUCCCAAAAUAUUCCACGACGGGGAUAAACCAAGACCAGAAAUACCUUUCGAUUGGGGUUUAGGACAAUUAGAUGCUGUAAUGGAUAGAUUUGAAAUAGAUGGUUCUCAUUUUCUAAUUCUUACCAACUUUGGAAACCAUGCGCUGCAUCAUUUCUUUCCCACUUUAGACCAUGGCCAAUUAAAAUACCUCGAACCUGUGUUUCAAGAAACUUUGAAAGAAUUUAAUAUUAAAUUAAGAAAAACUACAAUACCCACUUUGAUGUUGGGAAUGUUCAAACAAAUUACAAAUGCAGAUCCUAAUUCUGAUCCACCUGAAUUAUAUUUAAAGUCGCAGAAACGAAAUUAGUAAAGUAAAAAAAUAAAAUAAAAUUUGUACAACGAUUAAAUAUAGAAAUUUGUGUGACUUAAUAUGCUGUUAAAAUAAAAAUUUAAAGCAAAAACAUUUGAGACUGCUAAAAGAUUGUACAUAGAGGUUUACUGAUUUAUUGGUCAUUUUAAAAAAUAUAAAUGAUUUUUACUUGAAGAACAAUAAUCGUCUACAUUGUUAAUGAUUUUUAAUAAAUAAUUCUGGGGGCAAACUAAGCAGUUAGAUAAACAUUUUUUGGUUUGUAGAUUACAUAAUUAUUGUUUUAUUUAUUGUUGCAUAAAAUUAUACCAACAUAACGGUACCUUCAUACAUUUUUGCUACAUAGACAAGUGAUAUAUUAUUAUUAGUCAAAGCAAAUAGCAAGCAACAAGGAAUACUUAUAAUAAAAGUGUUGUUGUUAAUUGUUGAAUUGUUAUUGGUAGGUAUGUUCCGUAAAAAAUAAAAAUUGCAUUGACUUUCAUUUAUUAUGUUACUAUAGGCUAUUAGUAACAAAGCGUACAUUUUCUAAUGAGUGGGAAGUGAGAAUCAAGAAGUUUAAUAUCAUUACAUUGGGUACGUGAUGAUGCGCCUGCUCUGUUCUGUAACAGUACGGUGAAGGGUGUAUCAUUUAGACAGUUUCUGGUUCCUGUGCAUUUAAAUGUUUUAAGAUGUUUUUAAUCGGAAAUUUUCGAAUUCGGGACAUUAAGUGUACAUAGUUAAUUGCAGUGCAGUUUUUUGAUCAUGAAAAAUAGAGACAAUAAAAAG